UUCCGUCCUACGAGUGUUAACUGUAUUCAUUGAACCUUAGGCUUUAUAAGUGCUUAUGAUACACCUUUCAACGUGUGAUUUUAUACCAUCUCUCCGUUCAUUUAAACUUGAUAUCCAUGAACAUUGACAUCGUAUCAUUAGCAGACGUUAGUGUGCCGUUAAGUUGUCUGAAUGUAAAAAAAACACGCUAAGGCAACAUAGUGAUCAAUUUUCAUAAGCGCAAGCAUUCAACAAUCAACUAGUUGUUAUAACUUUAUAAUGGUGUGUUUUGUUUGAUGUGUAGAUAUUUGAUUUUAUCAUGGAAAGUAUUUUACACGUAACAUGGUUGAUAUUUUUGCUCAAAGCCGUUAAUACGCAAGUAAAUUCCGAUUGUUUUACGCCAAAUGACGAAAAUGGAGUUUGCGUGAACAUAAAACGUUGUCCGCAUUUAUUGAAUUUAUUAGAAAGUCAAAGGAGAAAUAGUACAGUUGUUGCUUUUCUUCGAAAUUCCAUGUGUGGAUAUGAAGGUAGAGAUCCUAAAGUUUGUUGUGGGUUAGAUAAUGAAAAUGCAAACAACAACGUAAAUAUGAAUAGCAAUAAUGGAAAUGAUGAUAAUUUUGGUUCAAGUACCAGACCGACAAGACCAGGAACAACUCAAAGACCAACAACUUCUUCAUAUUCUGAAACAGUGAUAUCUUCUAAACUACCUUUAUUAAAUUCGUGUGGCCGUAGUAACGCCACUCAAAACAGAAUAGUCGGUGGUCAACCAGCAGAUUUAGACGAUUGGCCUUGGAUAGCAGCUUUGGGAUAUGUAAGUAGUAAUUCAAGACAAAACUCAAAUUCGCCUCAAUGGCUUUGUGGUGGCACGUUGAUCGCCGACAGAUAUGUUAUUACAGCCGCUCACUGUACUGUCGGAAUCGGUCAGAGAAGACUAGCUAUCGCACACUUAGGGGAUUUAGACUUGAAUCCCAACGUGAGAGACGGAGCUGGACCGGUUGAUGUUCCCGUCGAAAGAGUAAUGACUCAUGAAAACUAUAAUGCACAAGACUAUACAAAUGAUAUUGCGUUGCUUAAGCUUGAUCGUUCUGUUGGCUUUAACAGACACAUUCAACCAAUCUGUUUACCUAUUUCGUCUGAAUUGAGAGCCAAUAGAUUCGUGAAAAAAAUGCCAUUCGUUGCUGGAUGGGGCGCUACGUCUUUUCGUGGACCAUCGUCUACAGCAUUGAUGGAAGUACAAGUACCUGUCGUAGAAAAUGCUGACUGCAAACGUUCAUAUGUUAAUAAAAAGACUGUGAUUGAUGAUAGAGUACUCUGUGCUGGAUAUUCAACUGGUGGCAGAGACGCUUGCCAGGGUGAUUCUGGUGGCCCCUUGAUGUGGCUUAGUGGAAAUCAGUAUUAUUUAAUAGGAGUGGUAUCAUUUGGUUUCAAAUGCGCAGAGCCAGGAUUUCCUGGUGUAUAUACUAGGGUUACACAUUUUGUUGACUGGAUAGCUGAAAGAAUGAACAACAGUUAAUCUUAAAAAUACUGUUUACCUACUGGCUCUUGGUCGUCCUACGGGUUCUAGGUGUUGGGAGUGGCAUACUUAUACUGGUAAAUAUUUUAUCGUCUUAGUCAGAUAUUAUUCGAUAUAAAGAUUGAUUCAUUUGUCACAACCACUCCAUUACGUACACAAUAAAAAUAAUUAUAUCAAU